UUCUGUCACCAUUUUGUAGAUCGGGUAAGUUCAAUCUUGUCUUUCUUUAUAAAGAAAUAUAAGUAACCCUAACCCUAACUGUUCAUGUUCUCUCUGAAUGUUGUAGAAUAUUUAGCUUAAGCUAAUUGUACCCUCAGAAGAAUUUUCUCAGGAUUUUAUCAUGUCACUAAAAAUGACGGAAAAUGUUUGACGCAUCCUUUGAUCUUGACGCAGCACUGUAUGAAAAAAUUGGCGAGAGAAAAUUUCAGUGCUCAGUAAAACAAGAAGGACCAGCUUAAAUUUCGAAUGCGAUUCAGUUUACAUGACAAAAGUGUAUAAAAAGUGUCAAACCACUAAACAGAGCUGUAUCAGAUAUCAAGUAAGAUCAAGAGAUCGCUCCGCUUUUUUAAGUUUUUCUACUGUCGUCCUCAUUCAGACUGACGUUUUAGAAAAAGCUGAACAAGAAUUCUAAAUCAUUAAAUGUGUAUCGAUGGAGGGCUGGACUCGCGGGCGUUUCCAAAAAAUUUGGGGGAUAAAAAUAUUAAGUAAUUCAUAAAUGUGAAUGUCUUCAAAGUCGUUUUUAUUAUAAACAAGUGACUAGGUAGAAUUUUGCUGUGCGCCCUUUCGCUAUUUCAAGAUUACAUUGCUGGCUUUUUAAAAUACGCUUCAGGGUGUGAAAAUGAAAACGAGAACUCAUCUUAACAAAAUGAAUAGCUAGAAAAUGAAGCCUAAUUUGCAACCCGACGCUAAUAUAUGCUUGGAGGCUUGGAGGUUUGAAGCUAUUUAAAUGCUGAUGAAACUAUAUAAGAUCGUUUCACGGCCGAAACCAUUGAUGUAGGCGCGAGACGCUAAGGUUCGCAAAAUAUCUUUUUGUCAAACGUGUUCAUGGUCUGCAGGGAUGUACGUUUUCUUGGUACUAUAUAUUCCUUUCUUUAAGAGGUGUCUGAGAAUACAAAAAAAAAAACAAAUAUAACCGUAUUAGUUCUUUUUUGCGCCCAUAACGAAAAAUUGCUGUCCUGUUUACUGUAAAGGCCUGUUUACAUAGAGUGGGGGACCCUGGUCUAGUGGGGUUGGUUUCUUUUAUUUCAACGCUCUGGGGGACACAAAACAAAAGAAACCUACCCCACUAGACACGGGUCCCCCACUCCAUGUAAACAGGGUCUAAGUUAGUUAAUUAGCUGUGUGGAACGCAAUGCCCGGACUGCAGUCACCUCGAAUUGCAUUUUGUUGUUUGAAUUUGGGGUAUACUACUUUUGUUUAAGAAAAUUUAAGACUUACUUUAACUUCUAAAAGAAUUUUAAUGAACUGAAUUGGUCUAAGGAAUAUUCUGAUUGGUAGUGUUGUGAUUAAAGAACAGUUAAUCAGAAAAAUGGAACUAACAACUGAAGACUGUUCUUAACUUGCCAGUACACAGAACUAAACACUGAGCAAUCCGUCAUGAUCUCAGCUUACUUCUUAUUGGCUGCCACAGUCUACACAGUGACGUCAGCAGCUAGUAUCUCAUCCAACGAUGGUAAGAAUAAACAUGGUUAUUGCCUGACCUUACCUCUAAUGAUAAUACGAGAGACUUCUCCUAUUAAAAACGUUCAAAGGUCGACAAUCAGCCACAUGAGAAUACAAAUUGUCGACAGGUCUCGAGGUAAAAUUUAACUUCAUCUUUAAAAUAUUUUUAAGUUAAGUAAAUUGUUUUGUUUUUAUUCAAAACCCGGAUCGAUACUCAGUCAGUCUGAUUACAGAAUUUGUGAUGGUACUGAUGCUACAGCCGCAUUUCCUUGCGACCAGCUCUAUUUGAACUGAGAGUAAAAGCUUUCUUGAGGGAAGGAUUAGAAUCAGUGACAUCUGUGAUGAUGAUAACGGUGGAGUGCUCCUCAAACUUACACUGGGUUAUCGAGCCAACUGGGAGCUGAUCACGUAGUCAGUUUGUUAUUUUACAUUUAAACAACAAUACCACAGCAACAACAGCCGUUAGAGGAUGAACAUAUGAAAGUCAGUCUAUGAAAGUAAAUAUUAUUAAUGUUGAAAAAUUUCAUCCAAAGGCAGUAGUUCGGCUAUUUCCGAGUUUUCGCACGGUGUAUGAAAUCUUCCGCCAUUUUCUCCAGCUGCGCUGCUUGCACUAACAGAACAGCCAAGCCAUCGCACGGAGCAUCUGCCUUUUUUGCCAAUAUCAAUGAGAUUGACGUUAAUCGAACUAAUAUGGCCAGGCUAAGUGCAAAACUUUUCAGUGUUGUGAAAAUUAGUUUUGCUUGCAUGAGAAUAAAAAAUAGUUUUCAUAUCAAUGGCUUUGCGCUUAGCCAUACCAAUCAGAAACGAAGAAAUAUCUUGAAUGAAAAAUUGAAAAAUAAAGAUGAAAAUCUCUAGUGUAGAAUAACUUACUAUAAACUAAUGAAAUAUUUUAAUCUCCAUUCCACGUUAUUUUCUUUUCAUUAUUAACCAGCGUUUUGUUUGCACGAGGGUGCAAAAUUCUACCCGGGUGAGAAGGUGGUCCUUCAGGAAUGCCAAUAUACGUGUCAAUGUGCAGCAAGUGAAGAGUAUUCAUUCUUCAUGUGCGAACCGCUGUGUACAAGGCCUUAUGAUUUCAUGUGCGCUAAUGGUGCAGAUCCCGUAGAAAAGAUGGAGGAAAGUUCCGUGCCGGGUUGCAAGUGCCCUAAAUAUUACUGCCCCGAGACACUCUCCAUGGCACAUCUUAUAGAGUAU